GUCUAUGCCACGAAAGUGAAAGAAGACUGUGUCAUUGGAGGUCAUGCAUUUUAUUUUUAUUCAUAUUUUAGACACUUUGGAGUGCUCCUUAAUUUAAUUUAUUAGAUAAUUAUUAAACACAUACUCUAUUUAUAGUUCAUGUUGAGUGUAGUGAUGUUUGUUUUGGUUUAUUUAACGAAAACAUUAUAAUGGCAGACCAGUUUUGUUUACGUUGGAACAACUUUCAAACGAACAUAGUGAGUGCACUGGAUUCUUUAAAAUGUUCGGAAGAUUUGGUUGAUGUGACGCUUACUUGCGAAGGCAGAAACAUCAAGGCCCACAAAGUUAUACUGUCAGCAUGCAGCCCGUACUUUAGGAAUGUGUUCAAGGAAAAUCCAUGUCAACAUCCUGUUAUAAUUUUGAAAGAUGUGUCGGCUGAUGAUAUUGUCAGUCUAUUAUCUUACAUGUAUCAAGGUGAAGUCUUCAUUGAAGAAAGUAAGCUAACAUCUUUUCUGCAUACUGCAGCACUAUUGCAAGUUAAAGGAUUAACUGGUGUUACGCAGCAGAACGAGAAUGUAUUUACAUCAAAUGCUGCCAACAAACUGUACACACAAUUAACCAUAUCAUCGAAACCAUACUUCAGUGUAGCUCAUAAGGAAAAAAUGCCUGCACUGAAGAAAAGGAGGUGCAGCACUUCCGACAAACCUAAUGAGGUACCAUUAACUGAAGGACAUAAGAAAAGUAAGGUGCUUGAACCAAGUGAUAUUUAUAACAGAAACAAUGGCCCACAGUCUAAGUCUGACAAUACAAUAUUUGUACCAGAAACUCAAACCGAAAAGAAAAACGAUCUGAAAACAGAAAAUGUAACAGCUAAUGGGAAGAAUGGAAAUCAGGCAAGCCCGAUUGAGGACAUUCCAGUCACAGUUAAAACUGAAUGGGUCGAAGACAGUAAUUCGUCUCCUAAGGCUCAAUCGGUUAAUUCUGACACUGAUAAUAACACUCCGGACUACGAGAACAGUAUGCUUGCUAGAUCAUUAAUCUCAGGUAUAAAUCCAUCAAAAAGUGACAACACAACAAAUUCAAACAUCAAAAAGUGCAAUGAAAUGCAAAGUACUCGAAUAAGGGAAGCUAGUACAGAUUCAACGCAUUACAAUACGACAGCAGCAAAGAGUCCUAUAAAGAACAUACAAGAGGACACAGUCAAAGUUGAAAAAUCAUCACCUAAGUUGGAAAUAGAAUAUGAACCGGAGAUAUUGUUAUCAGAACAGCAAGACGGUGCAGAUUCUGAUUCAUACACUCAAGAACAGUCACAAGCCUUAUUACUUCUAGCCGGAAUGUCAGCGUUACCAGUACAAAGUGCAUCGACAUCUCAAACGGUACAUCAAUCGAACCAUGCAGCCAUUUGUGGUGAUUGUCCCCACUGUGGUAUGAAGUACUCAAAUCAAUCGGCUCUGAAGUACCACGUGAGAUUAAUGCAUUCAGAUCUAACUAACAGACUGUGUUGCUAUCUAUGUCCGAGGUCAUUCACAAUGAGGGAAACCUUCAAGGAGCACAUGUGGUCGAGCCACGGUCAGAGGAAUUGAAGUGCCUUAGAUUAGUUAAAACGUGCCUUGAAUUUUUUAUAUACCGUUUAUACAAAAUUAUACAAAUAAACUAUUAGGAACUAGUUUUAAACUCUGAUAGAGUUUUACGAUGUUAAGUAGAAAGAAAUGUUUUACAAAAUUUAUAUCGAAUAUCAAACAUCGCUGUACGCGAUAACAAGAUCUCUUCUAAAAUAGGUAUGUAAGUUAAAGGUGCGACAUGUUGGAGCCUUAAUUAAUAAGUGGUGCUCCUUACACACUAGUUAUAUAUUCCGACUACUAUAUUAGUAGCGAUUGAAUCAUAAAUUAAGUAUUAAUGAAAAUAUAUAUGAAACAAGGAUUACAUUUGUUGUGGACUUUAAAAUAUUUUUAUUUAUACUAUAAUGUUAUUGUCUGAUAAAAUAUAUAUUUUUGAUGUUGAAAUAUUGAGAUUCAAAAGUACAAUGAAAGGAACAGUAUUAUUGACGGUUCGUUAAUGAGACACUGAUGAGAAGGUUUUUAAGGUAUACGCUCGAUACAUAGUGUUUGGGUUCAAAAACUAUGGGAUAUUGUAAUGAUAUUCGAAGUUUGGUGUUCGUGCCAACAUAAUGAUAAUAUAUAAUUCUAGUUACCAACAUAACGAGUCUUCAUAGCUUGCAGUUAAUUGUCUUAGUUUAUAGGACGUACCUAAGUAUGGAUUAAGUGUACGGAUUUAAUUAUGAACCGAUGUUCAUAGGAAUGCCGUUUUUUAAAUGUAUUUGAACUGUUAUAUCGUGGUUUGUAGGAUGGAUAGUGAAUAAUUUAUAUAUUUAUAUUCUAAGGUUACAUUGAUAAUUCAAUAUUGUUAAAUAUUUUAUUCGAAAAAUUUUACAAGAUUUAUAUUUUAUGUUACAAUAAAAGGAUGCUUCUCAA